AUGAGGCAGCGCAUUGCCACUCAGUACGUUUCCCAUACGGCGAGCGCACAACAGGUGACCAACCCGCCGCUGGCGGUCCAGGCUUUCAACAUGUCGAACGGCCGCGUCUGGGUGAAUUUUUCAGCCGCUGGCUGCCAGCGCUGCAUCUCAGUCCAGCAGCGAGCCGCGCAGAAUGCUUCCUCCGUAGAGCUCUUACCCACGCUGGAGGAGUCUGAGGUUGGCUCCGCUGCAGCUUCGGCUUCGGAGACGGAUGAGUGCGAGAGCGAGCCCGAGCCAGCUGCCAAACGUCCGCGGGUGACUGAGCCGUCGGCGGCUGCCGACGGGAUGGAUGUCGCGGGUGCUACCGCCGCCGACGCUCGGGCAGACGCGGCGUCGGAGGGCGAGGGGGCGGCUGAUGGCGCUGCUCGCCAUGGCGCUGAUGGCGCGGCUGAGGCAGAGGAGGAGGCGGAGGCGGCUGUCGCGGCUGUUGGCGCGGUUGUGGCUGAGCAGGCUGAGGUGGAGAAGGCGGCUGCGCCUGAUGGCGCGGAGGAGGCGGCUGACGGCGCGGAGGAGGCGGCCGAUGGCGCGGAGGACGCGGCCGAUGGCGCGGUUGCGGCGGAGCAGGCUGAGGCGGCGAGGGCGGCUGAGGAGGAGGAGGGCGAGGAGGCUGAGGUGGAGAAGGCUGAUGAUGGCACUGCUGCCACGUGCUCGCCAUCACCUGCCAGUGCGUCGCUGGCCGCGGCUAGUGCGGCAUCGCAGGCAGGCGCGGCUAAGCGCCCGGCGGGUCUGACAAGGUUGGACGAAGAACUCUUCGGCGGCGACGACUGCGUCGACGGCCCGGGCACUACGCUUGGCGCUGACGCCGCGGUGGCUGCGGGUGAGGCGGCUGAUGGCGCGGAGGAUGCGGCCGACGGCGCGGUUGUGGCAGAGCUGGCAAAGCAGGCGGACGCGGCCGCGGCUAAGCGCCCGGCGGGUCUGAGCCCUGAGGAGCUGACAAGGUUGGACGAAGAACUCUUCGGCGGCAACGACUGCAUCGACGGCGCGGGCACACCGCUUGGCGCUGACGCCGUGGUGGCUGCAGGCGAGGCGGCUGAUGGCUCUGCUCGCGCCGCGGCCACGUGCUCGUCUCCUCUGGUCACUGCUGCUGUGAUUGAGAGCUCCGCACCCGCUGCGGCUGUGGCUGAUCCGCCCGCUGCCCCGCUGCGGAGAGACUCACGCGUUCGUGAUGCUCAUGCGGCUGCUGACGGUGACGAUAGUGAUGACCACUGCAUCAUCAACUGGGAUUCUCCGAACACCGCCUUGCCGAGCGGUUCUCGUGCCACCAGUGCCACGCGUGUGAGUAUCGACCUCAGCCCCGCACGCCUCAUCGACGGUCCGAGACUGCUCUUGAACAUGGCAGACCGCAUCGACGACGCGAGCGAGUGGAUGGAGCAGCCGCUGGGCGUCAUCGAUCUUGUGUCGGAUCAUCCAAUUGAUUCAGCGAUCGAGACGAUGGGUAUUCUGCUGGAGAACGGCAAGCAGGUGGUACGGUCACUUGGUGAGGCCCAUCGCUGGAUGUUUCAUUUCGUCGAGGCGAUGCAGAGACAGUGGGGCGACGCC